AGACUCGUGCAGUGUUCGAACCGCUACGAUUCUGCGAACCCGCAGUCGCGGAGCCGUAGCGUGAUCAUCAUGGCUCAAAUGUCACCGAGUGUCAAUUGUAGCCUGGAUGACAUAGACUUGGGAGCUCUUCGGGAUCCUGCGGGCAUUUUCGAGCUCAUCGAGGUAGUCGGCAAUGGAACGUAUGGGCAAGUCUACAAAGGCCGUCAUACGAAAACCGGACAGCUCGCUGCCAUCAAAGUUAUGGACGUCACGGAAGAUGAAGAAGAGGAAAUAAAGCUUGAGAUAAACGUUCUGAAGAAGUUCUCGCAUCAUCGAAAUAUUGCCACGUAUUACGGAGCUUUUAUACGAAAAAGUCCACCCGGUAAAGAUGAUCAGCUCUGGCUUGUGAUGGAGUACUGCGGUGCCGGUUCGAUCACGGACUUGGUUAAAUCGACAAAGGGCCAGUUUUUGAAAGAAGAAUGGAUUGCAUAUGUGUGUAGAGAGAUUCUACGCGGGCUAGCUCAUUUACAUGCAAACAAAGUGAUUCAUCGCGAUAUCAAAGGCCAAAAUGUUCUACUGACAGAUAACGCAGAGGUUAAACUUGUGGAUUUCGGUGUGAGUGCGCAAUUGGACCGAACUAUCGGGCGGCGGAAUACUUUCAUUGGCACACCUUACUGGAUGGCACCUGAAGUGAUUGCGUGUGACGAGAACCCAGACGCGACGUAUGACAAUCGCAGUGAUUUGUGGUCGUUGGGCAUCACGGCUCUGGAAAUGGCCGAAGCUCAGCCACCACUGUGUGACAUGCAUCCCAUGAGAGCUCUGUUCCUCAUUCCAAGGAAUCCUCCUCCGCGUUUGAAAAAUCCAAAGAAGUGGUCCAAAAAGUUUCACAGCUUCGUGGACACGGUGUUGGUGAAAAACUAUCACGAGCGGCCGUACACGGACGCUUUGCUUAAGCACCCGUUUCUCCGGGACCAGCCGCCAGAGAAGCAGAUUCGAAUUCAGCUGAAGGACCACAUUGACCGAGUUCGUCGCCACAAGAACAAAGACCGGGACGACUAUCCGUAUUCCUGUUCAGAUAACGAAGACGACGAGAAUGCUGUUGCUGGUGGGCCGUCGUCCAUGGUACCGUCGCCGCCGGUGGUGCCUGCUGCCGCCGUGGUGCCUCCUGUAGCAGCUGCGGCGGCUGUUUCCGUCGCGGCGGCUCUCCCGACGUCGGCUUCGCCGGCUGGUGACACACUGAAGAGGAAUUUCCAUCAGAUCCAGGAUCGAAGGAAAGAUGAAGCGACUCCAAGGACGCCCAUGCAGCCGAACCUUCUGAUUCAAAGCCGCCCAUUGCCCGAGCCGCCGCAGCGUCCAUUGCCUCCUCCACCUGGCGCGGAAAUGCGUGACCAUCAUCGCAGACAAGAACGAGCGCCGGUAGAAAGCAAGGACCAACAUCGAUUGUCAAGAAACUCUCAAGUCUUCCAUCCAGCAGCUGCACAAGCAAGAGAAGGUGGAAGCAGAAGACCAGAGGAAUUGGACGUUCUUGCCGCGCAGCUGAAUGAGCUGGGUGCAGGUGGCGAUAACCGUGCCGUGGCUCGGGGCUACGUCGGCGACGCUGACGUGGACGAUGAGGAUGAAGACGACGACGACGCGGACGACGACGACGAACAGCAGCAACAACAGCCGCCUCGCCGUCACGGCGGUGUUCCGCCUCCACUCCAAGAACAACAGAUGGCGAAUAAAAGCCGCCUUUCCGCGUCGUCUCAACCGGGUCUCGGCGGUGGCCGGCGUUCCGGCACCAACGACGGCACCUUGUUGGCGUCCGAGCCGCCUAAACCGCUGCCGCCGGAGGGAUUGUCGGCGGCGCUGUUUGAAGGUGGCGCCGGUAUUGCAGCGCCGAAUCGUCCGUUGCCGCCGACGCCGGAUGAAGAUCCAGCUGCUCCGGGUUCGACGCUCAUGUUGCGAAGGGUAAGUGACGAUGAGGAUGAUGUUGAUGAAAGAAAGUCUGUCGAUUGCGCAAAAGCGUCGUCGCGAUUUGUUGGGGAUUACGACAACGUUGCUGUUGAUCAGCGAUCGUCUGAGAAGCAGCUGCUUGAGGAAGAGUUUGUGGAAAAACUGCGGGAAGUUGCGGAUCGACGCAGGAACUUUGUCAAGAUGUUCCUGGGGGAAAGGGAAGAAAAUUCGCAUUUUGAAAAGCAAGUCAUUGAAGAACCGACGAAUUUUGCGAGACCUGUCCCCACUGUCAGCUGCCAAACUAUUGUUGAAGGGAAAGGAAGCGACUCGAGAGCACAAUCGAAUGAAGAAGAAAAACGAACUGUUCCCGUUAUCAAGACCGUUGUGGACAUGCCUGUUGGGAAAUUCAAACCCGAUUCGUCGAGUAUUCACAUAUCCUCGGAAGAACUCGAAAAUUCGAAAAGGAUUAUCGAUAAAUUCAAAGCGCGAAGCUGUUCCAAGGAAGUCAAUGAAAAGCUUAAAUUUGCGAAUGGUAAAAGUUUCGCCGAAAAUCCAAUUUCGCACUGUAGGAGUUGCGAGUUUUCCGGGUCCCCUGCGAAAAUGGUUCCUUUUCGAGAAGGAAAUGACGAAGGUAAAAUGUCGCGUGAAGAAAAUGUGUUGCCCCCACAAAACCCCGUGGGACGACCAAUGACGGAAUCUGCGGACGAACUCGAAAACAUUCGACGAAACGAAGAAGCAAAGAAGCUUUUACGCGAGAACGAAAAGGAAUGCCAUCAGAAGCAGCGUUUAACAAAGCAGAGCUCUUGUUGUGACUCUUCGCCGUCGAUCCCUUUGUUCCUCGGUCCGCAACACUUUCCUCGAUGGCAGUCGACGAACACUGCGAGCAUUGAUCUUGAUGACGACGACUUGGACAUUGUGCUGAAUACGAGACGGAAACCGAGGAGUUCCUCUGCUAGUAAUGCGAGACUCAGCAAGUCUGAAUCGACUGGCAGUUUUCUGCAGCGUCUCCAAGUCCCUCAAGGCGGAGACAGACCCACGACCGUUUUGCCAGAUUUGCUUCCGCAAGGAUCCAGCAGCAACCGUGUCGAACGUUCGUUGGUUGAUGAGAAGCAGAAGUCGUUCCUCACAUUUGGAUUUGGUGCGGGAGCUUCGAAUGGGUCGACGGUGUUGAUGGGCAACACCGAUUCGCCGAGUCGUCGAGAGUCUCAUGUGAGUGUGAACGUGACGCCAACUUCUGUCCACGAGAAUCUGACCGAUACCCCGGAAAUCCGGAAAUACAAGAAGCGGUUCAACUCGGAAAUUCUUUGCGCAUCGCUUUGGGGGGUGAACCUGUUGAUUGGAACGGAAAGUGGUCUAAUGUUGCUGGACCGCAGUGGUCAGGGUAAAGUUUACCAGCUCAUUAGCCGAAGACGGUUUCAGCAGAUGGAAGUGCUGGAAGGACAAAAUAUCCUGGUCACCAUCUCUGGCAAGAAAAACCGUGUUCGUGUCUACUAUUUGUCAUGGCUCAAAGCCAAGAUUCUGCGCAUUGACCAACAACAGGUUGAGCGUCGAAAUGGUUGGAUAAAUGUGGGAGAUUUGAACGGCGCGGUGCACUUCAAGAUUGUGCGCUAUGAGCGGAUCAAAUUCCUGGUGAUUGCCUUGAGAGACAGCAUCGAAAUCUACGCUUGGGCCCCGAGGCCUUACCACAAGUUUAUGGCGUUCAAGAGCUUUGGGGACUUGGUUCACAAACCGCUGUUGGUACACCUCACCGUUGAAGAAGGGUCGCGUUUGAAGGUUAUCUACGGAUCAGCGGAAGGAUUUCACGGAGUAGACUUGGACUCGGCGGCAGUGUACGACGUGUAUACACCGAAAAACGUGCAAGCCGCCAUGGUACCGCAUUGUAUCGUGGUUUUGCCGAAUUCGUCGGGUAAACAGUUGUUGCUGUGUUAUGACAACGAAGGAAUCUACGUGAACACGAUGGGGAAGCCGUUGAAAAACGUGACGUUGCAGUGGGGCGAGUUGCCCACUUCGGUGGCCUACAUUGGAACGGGCCAGAUCAUGGGCUGGGGCAACAAGGCCAUCGAGAUCCGGGCAGUCGACACCGGAAGUCUGGACGGCGUUUUCAUGCACAAGAAGGCCCAGCGCCUCAAAUUCCUCUGCGAGCGAAACGAUAAGGUCUUCUUUUCCUCAGCCAAAGGAGGCUCAUCGAGUCAAAUCUACUUCAUGACUUUAAACAAGCCUGGAAUGACCAAUUGGGAAUUGGUCGGGAACUGUGGCGUAUUUCGAGUAAAUGUAUUCGAAACCCGUAAUAAAAUUAAGGUGAUGAGUGACGUUGUUCCGCCGGUUCCGCCAUAUGACCCGGAAACGGGAAUGAUAAUCGUGCCUCCGCCGCCAUUGCCGCCGGUCGGCGCCGCGAAAGACGUGAAUAGUGGCAACGUUUCAGCGCUGCCUGGUGUAGAAGUUCCCGUCGUACAUGACAAAGGAGGAGGAGAAGAUGACGACGACGAUGAUGAUGCGGAGAUUCUGCUUCUCCGAGAAGCCGCAUUGAGAUCAAUGCAAGCGCGAGAACGGGAGAAACGGGAAGCCAGAGAAAGAGAACAAGCCCGUGCGACGAACAGACGAUCGCGACGAAAUAGUCGAGACUACGAUAGUUCGUCGGAUAGUGAGUACGAGUCUUACACGUCGUACGAGACGGACUCGGAUGUACCUGAACCUGCGACCGUCGAACCAGUGGAUAAAAGCAAGCCUGCGGGAGACGUUGGUGAGAGUGGGGAAAACGCGGAGACGGCCGUUGCGGCACCUGGGACGUCGGAUGCGAUUCCAGCCGUCGAAGCCACGGAAGAGGAAGAAGACAAAGGCCUGAUGGACGACGACUUCGGCGCAUUCUUGAAAGAAUUCGAGGAAGAGUUGCAAGCUGAAGGCGAAUCCGUGGUGGAGGAUCCUUCGAAAGUGAGCAGUAAGAAGCCGGUUUCGUCGAGAAGCGGUGUUCAGCGGGACGAGAAACGAAAGCGUGCUGUUAGGCGUCGAAGGAAAGUGGAGAAACGGAGGCCGCCGUCGGGGAAGGACGAAGAAGGUGGUUCGUUGCGACGACGGCGUCCCGGAGACCCGCAUCAUCAUGAUUAUCGGAGGCGUCCUGCGUCUCCGGGUGGGAAGCGCAGGCGGCAUCGGAGUCGGUCCAGGUCGCUACCGAGAGAUGUCGCUGGUGGAGCAGUUGGUGUUGCCGCAUUGGCAGGAUUCGAUGACGGCAGCGACGAUGAAAAUGGUCGAAGAGAGCGCGACUGGCGACGGCAUGCGGAACGAGAAAACUUAGCCCCUCCUCCUUCUUUGAAUAACUUGAGCAACUCCCUACCUAUGGAUAAUUUCCCACCAAGAAAAAGGGGUCGAGACGGACCCGGCAGAGGUGAAGGCAAUAGACGGCGGCCAUCCCCACCGGGACCAAGAAGACCGUCUCCCAAUCAGCGACGUUCCCCGCCGUCUCAGGCCCAGUCUCACAAUUCACCAUCCCGUCGCGGUGAGAAGCUGCAAGAGCCCCGACGAUCCCCGCCACCCCGAAAGCGGGAAAAGGCUAAUAAAGCCGAAGAUGAGGAGCAGAAGUAUUUGGAGCGAUUAGCCAAAAUGUCGCCGACGGAACGAGCGGUGCUUGAAGCGCGUCGCUUGAAGUUUGCUUCGGCGGCGGUCAAGAAACCCGAGCCCGGAACGAAAAUAAAGUUGCCGAUCGCUACUAGUUUAAGUAGUAGCAAUAAACCUUCUGAAAGGAACGAAAAAGUUCCGGAGGAUGACGAGUGUAAACAAGGUCCUGCUGUCAAUGCCCUUGUUCCUGGUGGGAAGAGGAAGGAAAAGGCGGAGAAGAGGAAAGCUUUGGAUCUCCGUCAGAGGCUCGCAGAGAAGAAGAAGCAACGGAAUUCACCGGAAGAAGUUCUAGAAGAUGCAGAAGAAGUUCCUGUUGUACCUUUAAUCGCCGCAGUUUCUCGGCAUUUCGUGUCUGCUGAUGAAGAUGAAUCUGAGCCGGUGUUGAGUGAUUAUGAAGACGAGAAUGAAGAUGUAAUCGAUGAAAGACGUGCCUGGCUUCUCCGAACCCAUGAAAACCUAGUUGAAGAAUCGCGGGAGGAGGAAGACGAAGAGCUUUUUGUUGGAUCGGAAAAUGAUGAAGCGAUUGAGGAUGAUCCGGAGGAAGAAGUGUUCCCAACGAAAAGUGCGAAGAGAGGAGGAAGAGGAAAAGCCAAAGAAUCGAGGCGAGUGGUUUUCAUGACGAGGUCGGAGGCUGAAAAAGUGAGCCCUAAACCAGCCAAACAAGUAUCGGGUAAAUUGGUAGAUUUCCAGAGAAGACUCGGGCUGCCAGUGAAAGCGGAUGAUGAAGGAAUAAGCCGACGAGUGACAGCUAGGAAGAAUCGAGUUACAGCUGAAGAACCUAGGAUAGGCGAACGAAGCGUCGUCAAAACGGGAAGCCGACGGCGGUUCGAGUACGCUAUCGAAAUUGAAGAAGAGAAGACAGUGCUUGACCUCAAAGAAAAAAUUGCGGCGGAAACGAACGUUCUCCCGGAAAGACAGAAGCUGUUGAACGUGAAGCACCAUGGAAAGCCUCCUCUCGAUGACAUUACUUUGUCAGCUAUUGGCUUUAAACCUGGAUUCAAGAUAAUGAUGAUGGGUUCUCGUGAGGACUGUAUUCAGUUGGCUGCAGCUAUUCCGGAAAAUCUUCCGGAGGUUAGCAAUGAUUUCGAUAUUCCUGAUGAAGCGGACGUGGAGAUCAAAGAUAGGAAAGUUUUCCUCGAGAAAGUGGCUCGGCGCGUUAGGGAAUACCAAGUGAAGCUGCUGAAUGAACCAAGACCAGGAAAGAAGUUGCUCGUACUCGACAUCGAUUACACCUUGUUCGACCAUCGUUCUUCUGGGGAGACAGGAUCAGAACUUAUGCGUCCAUAUCUGCACGAAUUUCUGACGGAUUGUUACCUGGUUUAUGACAUCGUUAUUUGGUCCGCAACAAGUAUGAAAUGGAUCGAAGAAAAAAUGAAACUCUUGCGAGUAGUUUCAAAUCCUAACUACAAAAUUCUUGCCUACAUGGAUGACUUGGCGAUGAUAACCGUACUGACUGACAAGUACGGCGUCGUCGAUGUGAAACCCUUGGGCGUAAUUUGGGGAAAAUACUCCCAAUAUGGCCCCCACAAUACAGUCAUGCUGGACGAUUGUCGCCACAACUUCUUGAUGAACCCCACGAGUGGAUUGAAAAUCAAAGCAUUCCGUGAUGCACAUUUCAACCGGUCGACUGACAAGGAGUUGUUGUACUUGGCAAAGUAUUUGACUCUCAUUGCUGAAUUGGAUUCAUUCGAGACUUUGGAUCACACCCGCUGGCGGGAUUUUCUCCGCAAUGCAAAAACAGGAAAAAAGCGACUAAAAAUGUCGGGAGCAGGAGUUGGGGACUCCAACAACACGGAUGAAACAAAUUGA